AUGGGUGACGUCAAACAGUCGCGAUUGAAUCCAGAGCAUAUUCAGGAACUGGUAGCGUUGCCUGCUCUACGCAAACGAUGGCACGAACAGCAGACAAUUACACCGGAGGCAGAGCUGGAGACCGAUUGGACCAGUCUGGCUCGCGCCAUGAGCUCCCUUCCGGCAGGUGUCCAACGUGGGAUCACAAAGCAUGUUGUGGGGAUGUGUGGUGUAGGGAAGUUCAAAUUACAGUGGGGUUCCGCAGACUCAGCGGCGUGCCCCUGCUGUGGCAAGUUCGAGGACCACCUUCAUGUUCCUCGAUGUAUGGCGCCCUCGGCGAGUGCGGAAUGGGAGCGCCGGACGGCAACGUUGGACCAAUGGUUGGACACUCAAGUCACUGACCCAGCCAUCAAACACGCUAUCCUUCAUCUUCUUCAAGGAGUUUGUGAUCCGUCCCUUCCUUGCAGUCGGUUGGUCCCGGUUCGUCUUCGCCGCGCUUUCCUCUCCCAACAACGCAUCGGCCGCGCUUUCCUCUCCCAACAACGCAUCGGCUACCAAGGUUUAUUGGAAGGCCGGCUGUCUGUUCAGUGGGCGGCCCUACAGGAACAGUACCUUCAGUCACGAGGGAGCCAACGCUCUCCGACCCUGUGGGUCUCUCGCCUGUCGCAUCAGCUGAUCUUGCUUGGAUUUCAUAUGUGGGAACACCGGAACUCGGUGCAACAUUCGGAGGACAACGUACAGCUACGCGAACGUAGCCGAUUGGUGAACGACGGUAUACACUCUCAGUUUGAUAUGGGCCCAACCGACCUCCCUAAGGUAGUUCAACGCAUGCUCGCUGUGAAACGCCGAACUGUGUUGAACAAGCCGUUGGUCGAUAGGGAAGAGUGGCUGAAGCUGGUCAGAAUGGAACGCACGGCCUAUCGCCGCGCUCUGGCGCCCCAACGCCGUAUCCUUCACCGCUUCUUCCACCCGGCCCAGGCCCCCUGA